ACCCUUAUAUCUCCAUUCCCCCACAGCCCCUCUCUGUGUGUGUGAAUUUGGUGGCAAUGGAUCGAACUCAGCUUCUUCUAGUGGGUUUACCCCUUUUUCUGUUCAUCUCCGAUCUCUUCCAAUUAUUUACUCCUCCGCCGCAAAAACCCAAUUCCGAUCACCACCAUCACCACCACCAGCCGCCGCCACUGAUUCAACAACCUCAGACUCUUGAAUUUCCGACUCAGAAAACUGGUGGUAUUGGUGCAGUUGGUAUUGGUAACACUGUCACCAUUGAUUUCUGCUCUUCCUGUUCUUACAGAGGGACAGCUGUGACGAUGAAAAACAUGUUGGAUACAGUUCCUGGUAUCCAUGUCGUCCUUGCUAACUAUCCUCCUCCACUUCCAAAACGUUUGCUGGGAAAAGUAGUACCUGUUUUCCAAUUUGGAGUCAUUGGCCUUGUAAUGGCUGGUGAACAAAUAUUUCCUAGGUUGGGUAUUGCGGUACCACCUCCAUGGUUCUAUCAGUUACGUGCGAACAGAUUUGGGACUAUGGCAACUACUUGGCUCCUAGGAAAUUUCUUUCAGUCCAUGCUGCAAAGCUCUGGUGCUUUUGAAGUGUAUUGUAAUGGUGAACUGGUUUUCUCUAAACUGAAAGAGAAUAGGUUUCCUGGCGAACUCGAGCUGAAAGAUCUAGUUGCCAGAAAGAUUUCUAACCCAGCGGUAGUUGAUGGCCUUGGUGCAUCUUCCUGGUCGUAGAUGUGUAGAUUUCACGAGAUCAAUGGUUAUAUGGUAUCGAUAAAAAGGACUUUUUUGUUCCUCAAAUCUUUGUGACAUUUGAUAUUUAUGAUGUACAAACACUUCACUCUCACAAUGCAAACAGUAUCUAGUAGCAGGUUGAAAGAAUAAUGAAAUGCUUUAUAAGUAGCCCUGUUUUAUCUUA